GACAAGGGGGGCGGGGCCACCUGUCAAAUUAAGUUUGAUGAAAGGUGGUAUAUCCUUUCUCUCUGAUGCUCACUCACUCUGUAACAGUCGAGAGUUUGAAGGCAGAAGUUAACUAGAGCUACUUUAAUGCUUUGGAUUAACAGAAACACACAAUAGAUGACCAGAUCUCAAGAUGAACAGAGAAAGGAGAAAAAUGGAAAUUCAGAGGAGGGUUGGAGACAGAGGACAGUGGGCCAGUAAAACAGAAUAUAUUCUGGUUGUUGCAGGAAAUGUGGUUGGCCUGGGCAAUGUGUGGAGAUUUCCUUAUCUCUGUUAUAAGUAUGGUGGAGGUGCCUUUCUGAUUCCAUAUUGUCUGUUUGCUGUGGUUUGUGGGAUACCUCUGUUCCUACUGGAGACUGCAAGUGGUCAGUACACCCAGGAAGGAUUCAUCACCUGCUGGAGGAAAUUGUGUCCACUGGCACAAGAAAUUGGAUACGGAUAUUUCAUGAUGAAACUUUAUGACUUUAGCUACAUUAUAAUCCAAGUCUGGGCCGUCUUCUAUCUGGUGUUC